AUGGUCACGAGACGACACGUUAGAGAAUUGGUGAAAAGGUACCUCCCUUCAAUCAACGUAGCUCACUUCCUUUGCAGUACCCUCUUGUUGAAUUAUCUGGUGGUGUACUUGGUAGUUACCGCCUUAUGGUUUUCUCCCGGGGGAGGAAAGAAGCAGCCUGUAGUAGGGGAGGUAAAAUUGAAGAGCACUCUCGCACUAGAACAGAAGUACUACACACACAGGAGAGCAUAUAACCAUGAUGACGUCGUCACGCACAUAGUCUGUUUGACCUACGUCCUUUUUUGUGUCCUUUUCAAUGGUACUAAGCUUGUGAACGUAUGGGUACAGACGAGGCGGAAGAAAGAGGCCCAGCUGGAGGGACAAAUGAAUGGGUACUACCGGGAGCCUCGGCAGUAUCGGAAGCUGGGGCUGGACAAGCCCAUGAGUCACGACAAGUCGUACCAUUUGAAGCAGAUCAGGACCGACUUUGGAGUAAGCAUUGACGAAAUUUUAUUCGUGGAUGACGACGUGAACAAUUGCGUCUCCGCGAAGAAGGAGGGAUACUUGACCUUCAACGUUAUGGGUAAACAUGGCUUCAACUUUAAAAAUGUAAAAGUUAUGUAG